CGCUCCGCGGUGUCUGUAUGUGUUCCAGGGCAGCCCCCGCAGCUGGGUACCCGGACAGCCCCGGUCCCCCGCCCCCGGGGCAGCGCGCGGGUCGCUCACCCCUCGCCCUUGUGCCCGCAGCUCCGGGGCCCGGCCGGGCGGCGCCGGAGGAGGCGGAGAUGCCGGAGCUGUCUGACAGCAGCGGCAGCGGCGGCGGCGAGGAGGAGGCCUGGGAGGACGAGGAGGACCUCGCGGAGCUGCAGACCCCCUGCCUCUUCUGUGACCGGCUGUUCAGUUCUGCUGAAGAUACAUUUUCCCACUGUAAAUCGGUGCAUCAAUUUAAUAUUAGUAACAUGAUCCAUAAGCAUGCGCUUGAGUUUUAUGGAUACAUUAAGCUAAUAAACUUUGUUAGAAGGAAGAAACCAACUGCAGAGUACUUGAAUUCUCUCAGCAGCCCACUGCCUUGGGAGGAAGAGGAGUACUUGAAACCAGAGCUAGAAGAUGAUCUGUUACUUCAGUUUGACAUAGAGGAUCUUUAUGCUUCUACAAACAUCUCAGACCCCAGUGGAUUAAGUGAUAACACAGUGAUCCUUGAACAGUUGAAAUGUAUGGAACACAGAGCAAAGCUUGCAGAAACAGCAUUAGCCAGAGCACAAGAAGAUCUUCAGAAAAUGAGACAAUUUGCCCAGGAUUUUGUGAUGAAUGCAGAUGUCAGAAGCAACUCAUCGUCGUCUAGCGCCAUUGCGGAACUCCGGGACGAUGAGGAUGGCGUUUACUUCAGUUCAUAUGGGCAUUAUGGGAUACACGAAGAGAUGCUAAAGGAUAAAGUGCGUACUGAAAGCUAUCGUGACUUCAUAUACAAAAACCCACACAUCUUCAAUGGCAAGGUGGUUUUGGAUGUUGGCUGUGGGACUGGAAUACUCUCCAUGUUUGCUGCCAAAGCAGGUGCGAAGAAGGUGAUUGGAGUUGACCAGUCUGAAAUUGUUUAUCAGGCAAUGGACAUCAUUAGGCUGAAUAAUCUUGAAGAUACAAUUACCCUAGUCAAAGGAAGAAUUGAAGAAGUUGAUUUGCCUGUUGAGAAAGUGGACAUUAUAAUAUCUGAGUGGAUGGGCUAUUUCCUUCUCUUUGAGUCUAUGCUGGAUUCUGUCAUUUAUGCGAAGGACAAGUACCUGGCAGAGGGAGGCUCAGUCUAUCCAGACAUCUGCACCAUUAGCCUGGUGGCUAUAGGUGAUAAGAAUAAACAUGCAGAUAGACUAGCUUUCUGGGAUGAUGUGUAUGGCUUCAACAUGUCCUGCAUGAAGAAGGCUGUAAUUCCAGAAGCUGUUGUGGAGGUAGUGGAUCCAAGCACACUUAUAUCUGAAGCCAGUGUCGUUAAGCGUAUAGACUGUCACACAACAUCCAUUCCAGAUCUCGAGUUUUCAUCGGAUUUCACCCUAAUUAUUACUGAAAAUACCAUGUGUACGCCUUGCAAAAUAAUCAUCAAAAGAUUCAAGUUCAAGCACAAAAUCUACCAGACCACCUAUUACCGUAAUGGAGACAAUAGUGAGGGGGAAAAAAAUCUAGUGAAAUUUUACUUGAAAUUACCCUGGGAAAGCAGAUGCAUACAAUUUUUGUAAAGUUUUCUUAAUGUGUAACUGUUUGUUAAAUGUAUACCAUAAAAAUAAGUAGGAAAGUGAAUUGCUGCAGUGAUGUUACGUUUUGAAUUUCCUGUCUUCUGUGUAUCUGAUUUCUCAAUUAAAAUUGCAUUUUUGUGCAUUUUUUCCAAUUAAUGUGUAUUAUAAAGCAUUCUUUUGUAUCUCUUUAUGAAUGUCCAUAUCAAAUUUGAUUGAGAAGUUUGAAACUAGAAAGGAUUUACCUAACAAAAGGGUGAUCUUUAUUAAUGGGCUGUUGUAAUAGGUGCUGAAAGCACAGUCCAGAGCGUGCUGUGCAUCUUAAACUCAAAUUGAUUUUGGUGGGAGUUGUAGAUGCCUGCUAUCUUGCAGCAAGUGCUCAGUACAUCACAGAAUUGAGGACAGAGAGAGGCAAAAAUUAGUGUGUAAACAGUAAUAUGAAGGGACAGCAGCCUAGUGUAUAUGUUAAAUUCCAUUGCUUUUUUUAUAUUGAUUCAAGAAAAUAAUAUGCAUUUCCUCUGACAUAUGCAGUCACAAAUUGGGCAAAAGGAUAUGUAUAGCCAUAUAAUAAAUACAGAAUUAAAAAACUCACAUUAAUGUAAUGUUAAAAUCGAGAAAUUAGCUACACUAGUCAGGAAAUCUUAAAAUCUAGCCACUGCCUAGCGCUUCUACUUGUACCUCCCAAUAAUGCUAUUGGCCGUGUGUGUCAAGAGGGGUAAAAAUAUGCAUUGUUGGAUGUUUCUCCAUGUUUUUUGUAAAUUGAAAUGUUGUGGUUAACAUUGUGUUCUCUUGUUCAUUGAAUGUGUGUCAAGC